UCCCUCAGUCACCGAAAAGCGCCUCUAUGUUUCCACGCUCUGUGUGCAAUCAUUUCUUGUAUAUAGUAUGAGGUCUAUGGUAUUAUUCGAUUCUGAAAGUCAUCAAAUAAAACCAACAACUGCAAGGCGUGGACAUAAUGCUAUAUUUGAGUUUAAUAACUAAUAUAAUAUGAAAUAAACGCAACAAAUCUGUAAUGAAAAUCCCGAAGUUGGUGGUGUAAAUGUGUACCUAACUGUUUAUACCUUCGGCGAGUGUGCACGACCUCCCAUGUUGCAGCGUUAUUGAGGUGUGGAAACGGUAAAAUCAAACAAUUCAAUAAACUUCGACUGGCUAGAAAAGCGUUGCCAAUGUAAUAUAUAAAUUAUAAAUAUUGCAUAAACAAUUUACCGCUGACCCCGUUCACGUCAAUUGCAUUGAUAUUUUCCAAAGUGUGUUUUACUGCGAAAUAAAAUUUUGAGAUCAAAAGCAAAAUGGUGGAUUAUGACAUCAAGUCGCAACUGGAUCUGCUGAACGAAUACUUAGACAGAGAGAUGGAAGGCGUCAAGACUCGGUAUUUCGUCAUCAAACCCAAUGGCAAGGGAAGCAGCGGCAAUCGACCGACGAACGUCGAUCGAAAUGUCUCGACGAGCCGUGCAGACGGCUACAGCUGUGACUUGGAUCGUCAGUUGCCGCCAACCCCAUUGAGCUACAAAAGCAACAGCGUUUCAUUUCCACAGACGGUCACCAAGAAAAGGAGCAAUGCCAUAGACAUCAUUGACCCCGAGACCGGCGAAAAAUUACAAUUAUUAUGAGCUUAAAUCUGCAAGCCAGAGCGCGUUUGCAGUCGCGCAUGUCAUCGACUUGUUACCACAUUUUGCGUUCAAUAAAAUAAACUUUAAUUUUAUUCGUCAAAUCAA